UAAAGCAUUUUUGUCACCAAAAUACUUGAGGACUUAUAUUUUUCAAGCUCUUCACACUGAGGAUGGCAAACCGACCAGCUGUGAAAUUGAAUGCCAGUCAACCAGAUUUUCUGCAGUUCAACAACCUGGCCUGUGAAACAGCUGGAGGAAAGGUGAUUUUUGCAACUGAUGAGUGGUUUGCUCCAGCUCAAAAUCUCUUAAAGAGAGGACCUCCAGAAUUCCUAGCCUCAGCUUUUACUGCGUUUGGGAAAUGGAUGGAUGGUUGGGAAACAAGGAGGAAGAGAAUACCAGGUCACGACUGGUGCAUUGUGCAGCUGGGGGUCCCUGGUGUCAUUCAUGGCUUUGAUGUGGACACAUCCUUCUUCACAGGAAACUACGCUCCUUCCAUUUCUAUUCAGGCUGCCUGUUUUGAGGAGCUGUAUUUGCCAUCUUUAGUGCUUGAGGGAGACCGGACAGGUAUGGCAGCUUCAGGGGUUCAGUUUGAGGCCAUAGCACAGCUUCACUCAGAGAACUGGGAGGAGCUUAUACCAGAGAGUGCGCUGAAACCUGGAUACUCGGAUUCAUGCCACAACUAUUUCAGUGUCUCCUUUCCUCACAGAGUGUCCCACAUUCGCCUGAAUAUGUAUCCAGAUGGAGGUAUUGCCAGGCUGCGAGUUUAUGGGGUUGGUCAGAGAGACUGGUCCACCGUACCUGCCCAGGAUGAAGUGGAUCUCGUUGCCCUGGUCAAUGGUGGUGUGUGUGUGGGCUACAGCAAUGCACAUUUCGGUCACCCACGCAAUAUGAUCGGUUUGGGUAGAGCAGAGAACAUGGCUGAUGGGUGGGAAACUGCACGCCGCUUGGAUCGUCCCAAAGUGUUAAAAAUGGACAAGAACGGAAUCCUACGGGUCCCUGGCUUUGAGUGGGCCAUCUUAAGACUUGGGCAUCCUGGUUUGAUUACGAAAAUUGAGAUAGACACCAAUCAUUUUAAAGGUAACUUCCCUGACUCGUGUAAAAUUGAGGCCUGUGAUUUAACCCCAGAAGAGGAGAAGAGUUUUAUAAGCAGUAAGUGGAGCUUUGACCAAAGUCCAAGAUGGAGAAUGCUUCUUCAUCCUCAGAAGCUGAAGCCUCACCACAGGCACUUCUAUUCUGGUGACUCUGCGCUGCAGUGUGGGCCUGUUACUCAUGUGCGGCUGGUCAUAGUUCCCGAUGGAGGGGUCAGUAGGCUCAGGCUGUGGGGUCGGCCAGUUCCUGUCAGUUCAGCUAAUCCCUGCCAAACUUCCAAAUUGUAACCUCAUGUCUGUUGAGGUUCACCGUUACACUUUUACGAUAAUAGAAUUCUGUUUGUACUACGCCUAUUUUUAAAAUUGUUCCAUCAUGAUGGUUUUGAUUACAGUAUUGUCUGUAUAUGAAAAUAUUUACAUAUUGGGAUCGUCUAUUCAAACAAUAAAAUGCUGUCUAAAAC